UAUAAAUAAACAAAUAAUAUCUAGGUACAUUCGUAUUGAAGUUAUUAUAGUGUGUAUGUUACCAUAAUAUUUGUUAUAUUUGUUCUAAUAUAAUUAGUAAUAAAAUCGUCCUAAUUCAUCUUUAAAUAAAUAGGUAAUUACAGAAUUGAAAAGUAUAAAAUUUGGGAAAUCUCAAAAAAUCCAUCUGUAAUUUGUGACAUGGAAUCCUAUAUCUACCAUAUCGUGGAAUUCAAAGAGCUGCCGUAUUCAAACAUCGAGAAAUACGUUUGUGUCCCCGACUCUUGGAUACGAUGGCGAGACACAGACAGCAAACAAGUGAUUAUUGCAUAUCCUGACUCAAAUAUGAAAGUGUUAAAGGACAUGGUUAAAAAUAAGGAGAAAUAUUCUGAACAUUGGAAAUUGUAUAAAGCUUUCAGGAGACAUGGUACAGAUUCCUACGAAUGUGCGAUGCGUAUCAUAAAAACGAAACAAGAUGCUCCAUCUACCGUAGAAGAAGAGCUAAACAACAUUUACGAACAGUUCGCCAAACUGCAACUCCGUGUGGAACAGCUGGAAGAACAACAGGAUGCCCACGAAACUCCGGAAGAAGAAGAGUCCUUCUACGAGACGGCACAGGCCGACCUGUCACACUUAAACUUACCCCCCGACUUUGAUGAAAAUGAUCCCACGUGGACUUUGAAACAUCGUGAAUAUAGAGAGGGUCUUGUUCCCCUCCGACCCACCGCAAAAAUAAAAGUUUAUGUAGAUUGCAAUGCAUUAGACAAGUGGAAGAGAUCUUCGAGUGAUUGCAAUGAACUAGCUCGACAUUUGCUAGAAGAAGUUUUCACCAGCAACGCGCUAAAAGUAUGCUCAUGGACGGGUCGAAAGGGAAAUAAUGGAAAUUGUGUUCAUGUAAGACCCGGAUUGUAUCUUUAUGCGAGAGAACAAUUAGUUACAUGCGUUUUAACGAUUGGUCGCGAAAAGGGAUGGCCUGCAGAUAAACAGAAAGUUGUAAAGUACUUGCAAGGCAGGUUGCAAACUAUUCGUAAGCCUAAAACUCCUCAAAAGUCACCCAAAUAAUCAUGACAAUGACAUAAGUAGUUUUGCUUUUUAUGCUUAGGUUAGCUUAAUUGUUUUUUUUUUUU